AUGUCUGACGUUACUGAAUCCAAAUUGGAACCUGAAGAACAACUCGGAUCCAACGCUGCUUCUAAUCAGUUCAACACGUCGAGUGGAGCUCCUCCCGAGGAUGAUGAUGACGAUGAACAAGGAGGAAAGCCCCAAAAGGAGAGAAGAAAAAUUGAAAUCAAAUUCAUUCAGGACAAAUCAAGGAGACACAUUACGUUUUCGAAAAGAAAAGCAGGUAUUAUGAAAAAGGCCUACGAACUUUCGGUAUUAACCGGUACUCAGGUAUUGUUGUUGGUGGUGAGUGAAACCGGAUUGGUGUACACUUUCACCACUCCCAAGUUGCAACCAUUGGUAACUAAGAGUGAAGGUAAGAACUUGAUUCAGGCAUGUCUCAAUGCCCCAGAAGAAGGUCUUGGAGAUGAACAAGGAGAGAAUAGUGAUGGAGGCUCGCAAGAUCUGCCCGAUGCCGCUCCAACGGGUAACGCUGGGGUACCUCAGGGUCACGCGCAACAGCACCCAGCUCAAGUGCACCAUGCCCAACAGGUGCCUGGACAACAGCUUCCACCCGGAGCCCCGCUUCCCCAUGGAAUGCCAUACCCAGGAGCUGGCCAUCCACAAGGCGGUAUCCCCAUUCCUCCUCAGGGCUACAAUGACCCUAAUGUGUAUCAACAGUAUUUUGCCAACAUGCAAAAUGGCAAUAUGACCAACCAGCAACAAUUCCAAUAG